AUGGUAAAAUUGAACGGGCAGAGCCUCUUCACUGUGAAAAGCUAUGGGUGUGUUGACAUUGGCAGGAAGAGGAAUCAUGGGAUGCUUGGAGAGGAGAGAGAGGAGUGCAGUGCACCGCUAGUGCUCGAGAUCAGAGCUGCCUUCAACUAUCCGAGUGGGUCUUUGUUCUAUCAUGGCGGAACAGGUAGGAUAUCAGAAUCGAUUCGUCACAGUUACUCAGAGUUCAAGAAAUAUGUGGUAUCAGUCUUGACGGAUCUCUCACAACCCGAGAGCCAGAAGCACCAUCUCUCCGUGAAGAACAGGCCUCUGACUGUCUUGGCGGCUGCUUCAGCUUACUUCUCUGUGUUUGGAAUUUACGACAAUGAACGGAAUUUAAACGGAACACUACACCUGAAGAAAUUGAAGAGGCUAGAUCUAUAUAACAAUGAUCUACAGCAGGUCCCCUCAUUGUACAAGCAAACUUUAGUGGAGGCUCAAAAUUUGUCUUCCAGUCAGCUUGAAGGUGUGCAUCUCGAGGAGCUGGAUCUUUCGCAUAACAGUUUGGUCAAUGAUGAAUUGAAUGGUGCGAAGUCACUGGAAGGCUUGUGCGGAUUGAGGAACCUUGAAGUGUUGGAUAUUAGUUUUAAUGAAUUUUCGGGCCCUCUUCCAUCAUGCUUCUUCAAUCUGACCUCACUCCGGAAACUUGAUGUUUACGAUAAUCAUUUUAGCGGGGCCAUUCCUUUGUCUGUCCUCUCUAAUCUCAAGUCACUUGAAUUUAUUGACUUUUCUAGAAAUGCAUUUGAAGGCUCACUUUCCCUUGCUUCCAUGGCUAACAACUCUAACCUUGAGGUAUUCCGCCUCCUCGACAACCACAAUCAUCUUGAAGUAAAUACGGAAGAGCCCACUUGGUUUCCUUCAUUUCAACUAAAGGAGUUUAGUUUAUCAAACUGUCCGCUCAAUAAAGACACAAAUGGCGUAAUUCCCAGCUUUUUGAAAGAACAACAUGACUUGAGAGUUGUUGAAAUUAGCCACAGUGGAAUGACGGGAAAUUUCCCUAAUUGGCUAUUGGUGAAGAAUUUAUAUCUACGAGAAUUCCAACUCAGAGGCAACAAUUUAUCAGGUGCUUUUGCUUUGCCUUCCAAUUUGAGUCUUGAUGGCAUGAGGCUUUUUGAUGUGUCUGCUAAUUUUAUUGGAGGAGCUUCCAUCUUGGAUUGGUUCUAUCCUCCCGGAUUUGCUUUUUCUGAACUUGUCAACCAACUUAUUGAAAGGUAG